CUAAAAACCCUAAACAUUGCAAAAGUAUUGCAUGCCACUAUUUUGGUACUGUAGCCAAGCAAUGCACUGAAUGGCUCAAGACAGUGUCUCAUUCUUUAUUUGUAUGUUCCCAGCAGAAAGAGCUCACAUCAAAGAAGAGAGAUGAGUUUGAAGAUAUCUUGGAGGAAAGACGAUUGUCCAGUGACUUGAGAUACGCGAUGAAAUGUUACACUCCUGUGAUCUACAAGGGACUUUCACCUUGCAAGCCAAACUCUAUUAAAAGUGCGGUUCUCCAGUCAGAACAAGUUCAGUACGUUAUCAAGCAGUUAGCAAAAGAGAUGGGAGAAUCACCUGAUAUUAUUCAAGAAGAAGCCACGGAAAUCCUGGAUGAGAUGGGCCACAGUAUGCAAUUAGGAGCUGUCAGAUUUUUUGCUUUUACUCUGAGCAAAAUAUUUAAACGGCUUUUCCAGAGAGUUUGUGUGAAUGAAGAAGGAAUGCAGAGAUUGCAACACGCCAUUCAGGAGCAUCCAGUUGUACUGUUGCCCAGCCACCGAAGCUACAUCGACUUUUUGAUGCUGUCUUAUUUGCUAUAUACGUAUGACUUGGCUUUGCCUGUGAUUGCUGCAGGAAUAGAUUUCCUAGGAAUGAAGAUAGUGGGUGAGCUGCUACGAAGGGCAGGUGCCUUUUUUAUGCGGCGUUCCUUUGGUGGGAACAGGCUCUACUGGGCAGUGUUUGCUGAAUAUGUAAAAACGAUGUUAAGGAGUGGCUAUGCCCCGAUUGAAUUUUUUCUUGAAGGGACUAGAAGCCGCACCGCCAAGACUCUGACUCCAAAGUUUGGUCUUCUCAGUAUCGUGAUGGAACCAUUUUUCAAACGUGAAGUCUUUGACACGUACCUCGUUCCCAUCAGCAUCAGCUAUGAGAGGAUAUUAGAAGAAUCUCUCUAUGCAUAUGAACUCCUUGGAGUCCCAAAGCCCAAAGAAUCUACAUCUGGGUUGUUAAAAGCCAGAAGAAUCCUCAGUGACAAUUUUGGUACCAUACAUGUCUACGUUGGUCAGCCGGUAUCACUUAGAACCUUGGCAUCUGAGAGAAUCAAUCGGUGCCCAUACAAUUUGGUUCCCAGGCACCUUCCCCAAAAGCCAUCUGAGGAUAUCCAAGAAUUUGUCAGUGACGUAGCUUAUAAGAUGGAGCUCCUGCAAAUAGAAAACAUGGUUUUGAGCCCGUGGGUGCUAGUUGCUGCUGUCCUUCUCCAGAAUUUGCCAGCCAUGAAUUUUGAACUUCUAAUAGAAAAGACCCUGUGGCUUAAAGGCUUAACACAGACUUUUGGAGGAUUCAUUGAAUGGCCUGAUAACCUGUGUGCCAAAAAAGCGGUUGUGUCUGCCCUCGCGCUGCAUCCUAACGUUGCUCGCCUUGUCGAUGGCCACGUGGUCCUAAACGACAAAGGAGUAGAAGAUGGAGCCGUAGGGGAAAUCGUCUUUAAGCGUGCUCUGGCUGUCCUCAUGUGUGCCACCUACAGAAACCAGCUGCUGAACGUGUUUGUGCGUCCGUCUCUGGUGGCACUGGCCUUGCAGAUGACGCGCAGCUUCAGAAAAGAGGAAGUCUGUAGCUGCUUCAGCUUCUUGAGAGAUGUUUUUUCUGAUGAGUUCAUCUUCUUUCCUGGCAUUUCAUUGAAGGAUUUUGAGGAAGGAUGUUUUCUACUCACAAAAUGUGAUGCCAUUCAAACAACUUUACAGGAAAUCUACCCUACUGACAAAGGAAGUGUUACGGUAUCUUUCUUGUCAGCGAUGUUCAGGCCUUUUGUGGAAGGUUAUCAGUUAAUUUUCAGAUACCUCUCAAAGGAAACAAAAGAAGCCUUUACGGAGAAGCAGUUUAUACCUGGAGUCCGCAACUUUGUUUUUCAACUUCUCGAGAAGGGGAAUACGCAGUGUUACGAAGCGCUGUCUUCUGACAUGCAGAAAAAUGCCUUAGCAGCUCUCGUGCAACUAGGUGCAGUGAAGAAGAAGAAAACGUCCAACGGAUUCACUUACAGUGUAAAUCAAGAAGGUGUUAGUAAAAUCCUGGACAUGUUUG